GGGGAUUAGAAAGUUCGAUCUUGUCGAUCAACAAGACCCAGAGCGAGAAAUGGUGGGGAGUCAAGAAAGAGUCGCUCCACCUCCUAGACUUCUCAUUAGAUACUUGUACAUAGGCCAUUUCUUGGCCAGAUGGGGUGCCAGGUUCUGUUGUUGUUGAUGAUGUUGUUGUGGGAAUGGAGAUGUAUAUGACGCCUAAUAUCAAUCUGAUAGUACCAUAGGCAGCCAAAGCCCUAGUGUGUCGCUAACACCAGAUUGCUCGCUUUGGUCUUGACUCACCCGUGCCCGUAUGGCUUCAAAUUGCAUUCUUUUUUAAUUUGACUUUGGGUGAGGCCUGUCUACUGAUGCAACCAGACAAUUGUAAUGUGGGAUGAGAGAUUUCUCGACGCACAACAGAUGGAGUCACGAUGAGUUGCGAGAUGCACCAGAUUGCUUUCUUUAGCUGAGAGGGAUGUGGGAAUUCUCCGUCGCUUUAUACUUCAUCAGUCUUUGGCCAAGUUCUUUUCUUUUCGCUGCUAUUUAUGGUACAGUGGAGUCAGCCUCUACAGCACUCUUUGGGGCAGUUGUUGGGAAAUGGAUGGAUACAUCGACUUAUACAAAGGUUUGCAAAGGUUCUACGAAUUUGGUUGUUGACCCAGAACUUCUCUUUUUUUAUUGCUGGGGGAACGGUGCUGGAGCUGCUAUUUCACUCGAAUUUGAAGUCGACAAACUUCGUGGCCUUUAUCUCUCUAGUAAUAUUAAUAUGCUUCUCUGGAGCCAUUGGUGUUCUGUCUGCUCUUGCCGGUUCCAUUAUGAUUGAAAGGGAAUGGGUGGUUGUGAUAUCAGAAGGGCAUCCACCAGAAACAUUGACACAGAUGAACUCAGUUGUCAGAAGGAUCGACCUAAUCUGCAAACUAUUUGCUCCGGUAGUGUCGGGCUUCUUUAUCAGCUUUGCAUCACUGAAGGCUUCUGCCGUGGCUUUUGCACUUUGGAAUUUUGCAUCUGUUUGGUUACAGUAUUGGCUUAUGAGUUCUGUAUACAGUGGCAUUCCCGCACUGAGAGAGAACAACCGGAGGAGAAGACAGAAAAUUCCUUUGGAUGGUACCGAAGGCAGAGUAGCAACAUUAGAAGGUGGGGCGCUUCAUGAUGAGGCAAGUGUUCAUGGGACAGAAGAAAAUAGCUUGAUGAGGAGGAAAAUGAAUCUAGUCAUGAAUAGUGCUUUCAUGGUUUCGUGGAGGACAUACUUAAGGCAGGAGGUGGUACUCCCUGGCAUAGCUCUUGCCUUAUUGUAUUUUACAGUUCUCAGUUUUGGGACUUUGAUGAUGGCAGACCUGAAGUGGGAAGGAAUACCCGCUUAUAUUAUUGGUAUAGGCCGUGGAAUAAGCGCCACAAUCGGAAUCGCAGCGACUCUUAUAUACCCCUUCUUGCAUUCUCGCAUUUCGACACUUCGUACUGGACUUUGGUCUAUUUGGUGCCAGUGGACCUUCCUGAUCAUGUGCAUUGCGUCUAUCUGGGUUCAAAACAAGCAUCUGUCAGUGUCCAUGUUGAUGGGGGGUGUGGCGACAUCACGAUUAGGAUUGUGGAUGUUCGACUUGUCCGUGACACAAUUGAUGCAGGACAAUGUUCCUGAAUGUGACCGUGGUGCUGUUGGAGGAGUUCAGAACUCUCUUCAGUCUGCUCUGGAUUUGAUGUCCAGCGUCAUGGGAAUAAUAAUAUCUGAUCCGCGGGAUUUCUGGAAGUUGUCAUUGCUAUCUUUUCUGGUGGUAACAUCAGCUGCAAUUCUCUACUGUGUGCACGUCUACCGUGUCCGGAAGCACCUUGUUCAUUUGGAGAAGCUAUUGAUUAUGGUCAAAUGGUCCAGCAAAUCCUCGUGAGGAGCGAAGGUCGAAAGGAUUGAUAUAAAAGAAGCUAGUCAAUUGCAGUUUUUUUUUUUUUUAAUGAAGGAUUUCUUUGAAUGCUGAGAGCCCAAACUUGAUGGAUUAAGGGAUCAUGCUGUUUAAAAAAAUGUACAUAUUAACAGCAGUUCUGAAAAAACUACAUAGUUGGCACUUGGAAGACCCUUGUACAUGCAUUAACUCAGAAUAUCUAGGAGUAGUUGUUGGAUCAUGAUAUGCAAAUUCAGGGAUGUCCUUGCCAUGAUGUAGAAGUUCUAUUGACUCUGAUUUGAUUACUAUUUGCUGCAGUUUUGUUGAUGA